AUGAAAGACGUGAGAAGCUUAGCAGUUCUGGAAGAUGACAUCGAUAAGCUCAAAGAUUGGUUGAUAAAGCAACCGCAUCUUCCCCACGACAUUGACAAUGAAAUCCUAUGCUGCUUCAUCUAUGGAACAAAAUCUCUGGAAAUUGCAAAGCAGAAGUUGGACUCAUAUUUUACGAUACGCACCAAUCAUCCAAAAUUAUUCGAGUUCUCUGUAAGGGAUCCUUUAGACCCCGCCUUCAUGAAAGCCAACUCCGCAACGAGAAAGUUCUUCCUGGAAGGAACGACUCCUGAAGGGUACAGAGUCUUAUUUCAUAAUCUUACACCUACCUUCAAUGAAUGCUUUCUCCAUUCACAAGAGAUCAUCAAGAGCUUGAUGUUCAUAGAGAUGGCUAUGCAAAAAUGGCCAGAUAUGAAGGGACUGUACCUUGCGUAUGAUAUAAAGGGUAUGGACGCAUCGGUUCUGCCUAAAUUAAGUCCCACUGUUUUGGCAUCAGGUCUUGAAUGGUUCCAGGGUUCCGUUCCAGUGAAAAUGAAGGGGGUUCUGAUCGUAAAUACACCGCCGUUUCUGGAGAAGGCUUUGGAUUGGCUACUAAAACCAUUUUUGAAACCAAAACUUUUUGCAAGGUUAAAAUUAACAUCUGAGGACAGGGACUGUGUGCAGAAAUAUCUACCAAUAGAUAUAAUUCCAUCCGAUUACGGCGGUAAAGGAACUAAAUCCUCCGAAGAGUUGGCUGAGGAAUGGGGUGCUGUGAUGGAGAGCAAAAGAAGUUGGUUUGAGCGAACAUCGAAGCAAAUAGUCGAUGAGAAGAAGAGACCGCCGGAUGUAAAAGACACUUAUGGCAUCCAAGGAACAUUCAGGAAACUAGCUCUAGACUAG